CUCUUAAAAUAAAUUACCAUAAUUUUUUUUUAUUUCACCUUCAUGUGUUUUGUCUAAUUUAUUGAGGUUGCUUUGGAUUGAGAAAAAAAAAGUUUACUUGAUCCUAUUUUUAAUGAAAGCACCUGUGAUAUCCAAUGCGGAAUUUUAUUUAGCGUUCUAUAAUGCCGAAAAUUUGUUUUGAUUCUAUUGUCAAUUUUUUCUGAUAGUGAUAAAAAAAUUUCAACAUUUUUGUUAUACUAAACGUUUUUUGGGUACCACCAGUUUAAAAAUCUUCAUUAUGUUUUGUGAGAAAUUAUUAUAUAGUAAGAAAAAGUUAUUUUAAUUUUUUUUAAAAAUGAUAGACAAUGAAGUGGACUCGCGGCGCGGAACGCCCUCUGUUUAUCCAGCGUUACCACCAUCUCCGUUUCAAUAUCUUACAGAUUCUCCAAAAGGUUCGCAUAGGAAGGAAUUAAAUGUAAAGGAAACGUCAUCUUUUACAUCACUGUAUCGUUCUCCAAACAAAUCUUUGAAUUCGGCUACAACCUCUUACGACAAUCAAACCGAUUCUCCAUCCUAUACAUUGACGAAGACGUCAAAUAUUCCACAGCAAAGUAAAUUGGGGACACCUGUCUGUAAUUCAUCGCACUCCCGCUCGCAUGAAGAUCAUACGUUAAACGGUAGUACUCGAAGAAGCAUUCUUCGAGUUUCCAAGUCCCCGCAUGUCUCAGGUACACUAUCUUUACGUCCUAGUGUGUCUUUCGCGAAGAAAAAAGAGAUUGUUACGUUUUCGUCAUCAAAACAUAGAGAGUCUUGUGAUAGUAAUGAAAGUGAUGUUGAAUCGAUUGCACUGAAUCCGAGAAUUCAAAAGGUGUCUUUAAGUCCUUUAUCAGAGAAGCCGCAGGGAUCAUGUAGCUCUCAAAGCUCGCCUUGCUCUAUUUCAAAGGAAAGGCAAAGUACUCAUGCAUCACCUAACCGAACAAGAACAUCUAUCGCAUGUUUUGAAAGUCUUUUUUUACCAGCACAAAAGAUUCAAACGACAGAGUCUCGUUGCACUUCACCACGGCAUACUUUAGAAGCUACAGUGCAAUCUCCACUUUAUUCAGAAUCACCAUGGAUGCUGCCAAGUAUGGAUGAUAUUACUCGACAGUCAUGUAAUACACCUAGUCAAAACAAAAGGACAUCUUUAUUAUCUACUGUUCAAUCUCCUGUGCCAAUGUACUGUUUUCGUGAACGCCUUUCACUUACCAGUGAUGUUGGUAAUUCGGUUCUUCCUCUACGGAACGACUUAGUACAAGAAAAUUCACUUACAAGUGUCUGUUUGGAAAAAACGCGAAGCGAAGUAGCGCAGGAUUUGAACAGUACAUCUAGCGCACAGCCCUCCCCACCCAAAGAAACUCCUAUAGAGAAUACCAUCAAAGCACCAUUAAUGCAGAAAAAAUAUGAUGUAAAAACAUCCCCUAUACAGAGAAAAAAAGACUCUAUUGUAGUUGGCAGUCCUUUUCAUACAAAUGAAGAAGACAGCAACCGUUUUUCAUCAGUUUCUGAUUCUUUCACAAUUGCAAAAAAAUCAGAACAGUUUCGUUCAGAUAUAGAUGAUGAAAUGAAUUUUUCUUCUUGUUCGUCCAAUCAUAAAAUACUAAGAGAGUUAACGCCUUUGGCAUCAAGAAGAAAAUUAAGUUCUUCUUCCGAGUCUUCAUCUAUGUCAGACUUUUCUUUCGAUGUGACAAAAGAACGUUCUUUUUCGGAGCAAGAACAAUCACAAAAAAAUUACUCACCUUUUCAUACUGUCGAAAAUUUAAGAAAUACUGAAAAAAUUGGUUCCUUAUUAAAUGAAUCAGUUAAGGUCCCUCGCUUAUCUUUGGCGUCACUUUACAACUAUGACUCUUCUAAUGAGUUAACGAAUAGUUCGCCCGAUAUAACUCAUGAAGCGGCGAACUCUGAAACAGUGUUAAAAGACCCGGUUUUAAAACCGCUUGGUACUUUGUCGUUCAAUAUUAAAAAACUCAGUGAAACAAAAAGUGAUAAAGUUUCACAGGCAACUAUUGAUAGUAUGCCCGAUUGCAAUAAUCCUCAAAGACAACAUCAUAUUAAAAUUGCUUCUAGGAGGCGAACAUGUGAUAAGAGUAUUGAGUGUAUGAAAAAACAAGGAGUCGUUGCUGGUGGUAGUCUCAAUGGUCAGCAACUCUUCACUCCUCGCACAGCACGUAGAACAAUAGGGCCCAUCAAAGUUUCACAAGGAGGAAUUUGGGAGAGACUUGAGAAUGGAGCGGAUCGUAUGACUCCAAGGCCGCAAGAUUUCAAUCCCACAGAAAUACGCCUUUCUUCAACCGCUAUAGGGUCUUCGCAAAAAUGGAAUUACCGCGGCUUCACUGAGGAGAAAUAUCAGCAUAGGAAAAGCACAAUGAUUACCAGUAUUAAUGAAUCAUCACCUCAUAUUAAAUACUUACAAGAAAAAAAUUCAAAGUCUUAUUUAUUAAAACAAAAAACAGCAACACGGCAAUCGUAUGCAUCACUCUCUUCCGCUGAUCGUUUGCCGCCUAUUUCAGUGGAAUUCUUAGAAACACCCUCUCAUUAUGUCUCUAACAUUUUAAUAGUCGACGGAGAGGAAGACGUGAAAUCCAAGGCAUUCAAUUCUAUAAAUAGCUCAUCGAAUCAGCAAUUUUUUACAGUAUCUGGUGGGCUUCGUCAGAAAAAAGAAAAUUCUAUUCAAACUUCAUCGUUAGUUCAUGAAAAUUCUCCAAUACGCUCAAUCCGUUAUUUCGAUAAUACGAAGCGUCCUGAAAGCUACACUUCCUACGAUAUUGAGCAGAAUCAAGUUUGCACUGUUUACGAAAAAUCUUUUAAAAGGAAAGCCUCCAUUUCAGCUUUGGAAAAUGAGUCGGAUGCGCAUUUUGAAACGGAAGUACCAAGUAACAAUUAUUCAAUAGCGGGUCAAGCUAAACAAACUUCUUUUCCAACACCUAUAGAAACCCAGCGGCGUAUUUCUACGUCUGUUGGUGGGCUUAGCGUAAAGCGAAGUCUGGAUUCUUCUUUGCCACCGGAUUUGAUACAAAGGCCAUCUAACACUUUUAUUAUACAAGACGAUGUUCAAAUGAAACAUAAAGAAUAUGAGAGGAAUUCAGCUUCUGACGAAGCACCAACACUGCUCGAUUCAAGUCAUAGAUUACGAAAAACAGAUUCCAGUCUAGUAGAUUUGCCUCUUCAAAAUGUUUUUGAAGAAAAUAAGUUUACAGUGAAAAACGUUCCCGUCGAGGCGGCAUUCAAAAUAUUUACCAAAAAUUCCUUGUCGAAAAUACCAACACAAUCGAAUACGACUGAUACUUCAAAAGUUGAAAACAAUGCUGUCACGGAGUUUGGAAACAGGAAAAGUUUAAAACAACAACAAUGGUCGGAUCCUAAAGUAAAAAUUAGCUCUAAGCGGGCAACAUUACUACCGAAAAUUGUUCAUACGCUGUCGACACCUACUAAAACUCUUGCUUCAUCCGAGCACACAAACAAUUCGCAAGGAACAUGUAGCUUCGUGAACUCAGAUCAAGGAGUUUUGAAAAAUUUACAAGAAGCUGCGACGUCGUCUGUAAAAAACAAAGAGGUUUUCAGUUUUCCUGAAAAGGGAGUUGAUUGGAAUACUUGUUUUGCAAUUCAAAGGCUUACUUUGAGUUCGCAGUAUUUUUCUCCACCUUAUUUAACAUUAGAACAGCUAUCUCAGCAAGCGUUCGAUGUAACAUUACAAAAAACACAAGAAACAGAGAAUAAUUUGAGUCCAAGCGUGGUCAAAGGUCAUGUCGAAUCAGAAACCCUUUAUGUUCAAAAGCAUUUAAUAAACGGCACAGUUAAUGGUGAUGAUAAUAGUGAAAAAAUGAAUUUCACUCUUCAUUACGGAUCUUUGGAAGACAAUUUUACACCCGAGCAUGUUGCAGCAUUGAUUGAUUGGCUUGAAAAACGAUCUCUUUGCGCAGAAAAAAUACCCAAAUCUACUAACGUUAAACUCGUCGCCAUUUUAGAUUAUCUGCGCCAUGAUCCUGAUUUUGCCUUGUCUAUAAUUAAAGAUGGUGUUAAGCAUCUGCUCUCAACUUUCACAACAAAAGCAUCUGUUGAAAGUUGGGAAGAAGUGUUAAAGUUGCUUGUACAAUUUUGGCCAGAAAGAUUGGAGCAUGUACAUCGAGAAAUUGAAGCGUUUCCAAAUACCCUGUUAUCUCGUUAUCAGUGUUUACUUAUGCCAUCCAAAGGUGUAACACAUACAACCUCUCAGCAUUAUUCAUUUUUCAUGGAUCAUAUUUUUGAACGAGAAGAACUCGCGGCGGUUUUAGCACUUGGCCACUGGAAAUUAAACAUUGCACUGCCAAGUCAUUUUGGGGCGCUGGAGCGUCUACAAGCUACCGCAACUGAUUUGCACAAAGCUGUGCAGCAAGCUGAUUUGGUUUUGGAAAAGCUUGGUAAAGUACAAGCUGCAUCACUGAAGAUGGAACCUGAUAAUGGAAUUCAUGAAGCACAGAAGACUUUACAAGAACAACUAAAAGAAGCAGUGGCAUUGGAAAAAAAACAGGUUGAAAGAUUUUCUAAACGCCAAAAGGAUCGACAAGAGUAUACUCAAAUGUUAGACAAAUUAUGUCUUCAGACUCAAAAAGAAAUAGAGGAAUUGAACAUGCAAAUCAAUUUUUCCAAUACUUAUGUUGAAAAUGGACAGGCAGCGGUUCAACUCAUUGUGCUUCAACGUGAUUUUUUGGAAUUUGAACAAUUUCAAUCCAGUAUUCGUCUCUAUGAUGUGGAACUGGAUUAUAUUGAAAUAGAAAUUCUUCCUGAGAGAUACCAGGCAAUGAAUUUUUACAAUCUAUGGAACACAUAUUUAAACCAUUGGGUAACAGAUGAUCUUUCUAUAAAGUCCAUUCAAUCUUCUGAAAAUGUUGCACAAUCAACAUGUAGUACGAAAACAUUUCAAUCAUGGGAACGUGAACGCAAAGAAUUGUUCGAAGCUCUUGAAGAGGCUGAAAUUGAACAAGAUUCACUUCAUGUUCACCAGCCCGAAAAUCGAUUACUACAAGCUUUAGCUUUACCUCCUCUUCCAAAAGUUCAAGUGUGGUGGCGUUACGAAGAACAGGUUUUACGCAAUGGUGCUUCUCAUACAGUUUUAGUGGAAGGACUUAAAUUACGCAUUCAUUCUGGAUUAUCUGACAAAAUUGAAGAAUUGUUUCCAGAACAAUUAUGCCGCCCCUGUAGCGCUACUACUCUUCCACCUGUUGUUUAUCUCCACCGACGUUUCUUAUGUGCUGCAUCUGAACCUAAAAUACCUAUAGGUCUUGGACCUUUAUAUUUUGAUUGGUUCAUACGACAACGUUUGUAUUCGUUUGUUGAGAAUUAUUCAAUGUUGCACAUUCAAGAAGAUUUGAAACUCAAAGGAUUUCCUUACAUAAGCCCAGUUCAGAAAAUUUUUGACGAUUGUAAAUCAAUUCAUACCGAAUGUGUUCCAUUAACUGCGUUUGUACCUGGCGUUGGUAUAGAUAACGUCUUAGCUUUAGCAAGUUUCGUUAUUAUGCAUUGCCGCCAAAUCGAUGCACUCAUGGUACAACAUCGCAUACUGUAUUCAAAAUACCAUCCGGUUGGGUUUUGGGGACCCGAAUCUGCUUAUUUUUCAAGUAACACAUUGUUUCAAGAUCCACGUGUGCGCACGUCCUUAACUUUAAAUGAUACAAAUCUUCAACCGUACAAAUUCGAUGAGGAUCAUAUUGUUAUUCAUUGUCUUUUGAAACCUUCUGUAAACGAAAGCAACGCAAUUCCUUCUUGUAUUGAAUCAGUAACAAUUCUUUUAGUAAUAACAGUUCGGAUUUGUUUGAUCUUUGGUUCUUUCGUCCAUGGAAUCCGCCCAUCCUUAAGUGGAGUUAUGCUUAAAGCUCCAACUUUGACACCUUCUCAAUUAGAAGAAACAAAACAGCAUUUAAACGAUACACUUCUUGAAACUCUUAAACAACUGACCGCCGAAACGUGGACACCUACACCAGAUGAUUUAUCUCAGUGCAUUCAUGCAGUGGAAAACGAGACACAGCGCGUUCAUUCCUUUUGAUAAAAAAAAUUUGAUCAUUCGUGGGCACACAUCAAAGGGUCAUUUAAAAAAAGGAAACGUUUUUGUUGACCUAAAAUAUUUCCUUAUUGUUAAAUUCAAUUAUGAAAAUUGAGAAUUAUAAAAAUAAAAUCUUAUACUUUUU